AUGCUGCAACUCUUCGCUGCCGACGACAAGUUCCCGGACGUUGUGGCGCAGCUAGAGACGCGCGGGUGGCGACGUCUCCCGUUCGUAGGCUGUCCCAAGUUCGACCUCAAAUGGACUAACUACUCCAAAGUUGCGUGGGGGCGUGUGACGUCCCAGCAGAUCGUUAAUCACCUGCAGAACUCCAUAAUCCUAUCACAAAAAGACCAACUCACCCAGUUGCUGUACGCGCGAGAAAAUGGAGAUCAGACCCAGGUAGAUCAUUACCUUCCCCGGACGUUCGAGCUGCGUCAGCCACUAGACCGAAGACUACUUAAGUUCUGGUUCUGCUACAGUCAAGCGGUCGGAGUGCUAAAAGAUAGUCUGAACGAGAGCGUGAAGGUUGAUGAAGCCCAAGUAGGAGCUGCAAUACAGUUGGCCAGGACUGUCAUUGCUAGUAAUAGUUUCUUAGAGUGCUGGAGGAAGGAGGAGGCAUUUAAUGGGGUGAUGCUAGGAGAUGCUACGGAGUGGCUGCGCCUUCUGUCGAUUGAUUUGGAAUUGGAAAAAGCCUCACUUCACUGCCAUAACAGACGAGCGGUUGAGGAGAUUUUGAGGGAGUUGGAGCGGAGAGAUCCACAAUUUCACGCGGUUGGGAGUGCUGACAGUAAUGUGUGGAUCUGCAAACCGUCAAAUCUGUCGCAAGGACGAGGGAUUGUAUUGUGCAAUUCCUUUAGAGAGAUAGAGGAGCUCGCGUCGUGUAGCAGUGGACAAGAUGGCCAAGAGAUGGGAGAGAAGAGGAAAUCGCAGACCAAAUGGAUCAUACAGAAGUACGUUGAGCGUCCAUUGCUGCUGCAAAAUGGUCGCAAGUUUGAUAUUCGUCAGUGGGUGCUGAUUACCAAGCUCUAUCCACAGCCGACGGUGUUCUGGUUCUACAAAAGCUACUUGCGCUUUUGCUCUCGUAGAUUUGCGCUGGCCCGGCAGCAUGAUCGAUUCGUGCACCUCAGCAAUUACUCAGUUCAGCAGUAUUUUGAGCCAGACAAAAUGGGCGACUUGGGUCAAAAAGACUCGGAGGCGGCUAACAAGGAUCCAUUUGAGCUCAUGUGGUCGUCAGAGAAGUUUCGGGAUACGCUGAGACAAGAACACGGAAGGGAUAUCUGGAAUGACACAAUCCUUCCCCAGAUGCAGAAUAUUGCACGGUUAACACUGGAAGCUGCACUGCCAAAGCUCAACGUUGUCGGGCGAGGUUUCGAGUGGCUUGGGUUCGACUUCCUCGUUGACGAAAACCAUCACGUAUGGCUACUAGAGGUGAACGUGAGUCCUGAUGUCAGUCACAGCACUACUGUCACCGCUGAACUGGUACCCAAGGCCACUGCAGACUUGUUCAACGUGAUUUUGGACCCAGAAACAUCUCGAUCUCCAGACAAUGGAUGGCUGCCAUUCUCACUACAAUCUCAUCAUUAAAAAGUGCCAACACAGUGCUGCAAACCUACGCGAUCCCUGCUCGCAACUCGUUUUGCAGAGUGCCAUUCUCAAGCCGUACACUCUCCAGAUCAGCCAA